GACUCUUCCCGCUAUUUUGUGAAGCUAACAUCGCUAGCCGCUUGCUGCUGCUCCUCGUCAGCUUAACGGGAAAGAGGCCGCCCGCCCACCCACCCCCCUUAAAAAAAAAAACCCGAGGCACACACGUUUGGACGACAGCAGAUAACUUUUCCCCCCCACCGACAAACGCCGGAGUGCGGCUGCUAAACGGGCUGACCCCGGUGCCUCCCGGUUAGCUGGAUAAAGAGAACAGGUUAGUUUGUUGAUCCGGUGGAGAGCUAGCUGCGCGGCUAACAGUCCGUGGAGACGCAGCCCGGUCACAAACACUCACUGCGUACGCACCCAAAGGCGAUCAAACCCGCGCCUUUCACCCCCGGCGGCUGUCAAAAUGUCUAACGGGAGCUUGCUGGAGCGUGUCGGGCUCGUCUCGGUGGUUUCCCGGUGCUGGUUUUCCUCUUGAAGUCCCCGAAUGUCUAAAAGUGAAACCGAAGAGAUGAUAGAGAUCGAGAUAGAUGAACGAGAGAAGCAGGCAUGUCUGGAGGAGGGCGUGGAGGAGCAGACCAUCACUGCAGCCGAUUUGGUGCAGCAGGACAUCGACAUCACAGAGCCAAUCGGAAAUUUGAAGAAACUUCUGGAGCCCCGGCUAAAUAUCUCACUGGAUCCUUUUGAGAUUUGCUUACAGGACAUUCAGCUUCAUCCUGACCACAGCCUCUUCGAUCAGGGAGUAAAGACAGAUGGCACAGUGCAGCUCAGCUUGCAGAUCAUUACAAAACCAGGUGAGGAGAAGCUGAACAUCAUGGAAAUAGUGAAGCCGGUAGAAACAGUGGAGGUGGUGAUCGAUCCGGACGCCGCGGGAGAGGAGGGCACGCUGGUGGAGGAGGGACAGCUCAUCGCCGUGGAGCGAUCGGCGCUGUCCGAUGAGACCUCGGAGCAGGUCACGCGCUGGGCCGCAGCUCUGGAAGGUUAUCGCAAAGAGCAGGUCCGCCUGGGUAUCCCAUAUGACCCCAUGCUGUGGACAGCGGACCAAGUCAUCCACUGGGCCGUGUGGGUGAUGAAGGAGUUCAACAUCGACGAGAUGGAAAUAGGCAGCAUCCACAUUCCAGGUCGAGAGCUCUGUGGCUUCAACCAGGAGGAGUUCCUGCUGAAAGUACCGAAUGGAGAGAUCCUCUGGAGCCACCUGGAGCUGCUGCGCAAAUAUGUCUUGGCGAGUCAGGACCAGUCUGGAGGAGAUGCCACUGUCACUAUUGACCAGCCCGUGCAGAUAAUCCCGGCUCAGGUAAACACACACACCUCCAUCAAAGUGCUCAAGCAGAGCCGUGGCCCCCGUGCUCCUCGCAUCUCAGGAGAGGAGCGCAGCUCGCCCGGAAACCGCACAGGAAACAACGGCCAGAUCCAGCUGUGGCAGUUCCUGCUGGAGCUGCUCACAGAUAAAGACGCCAGAGACUGCAUCUCCUGGGUCGGGGAGGAGGGGGAGUUCAAACUCAACCAGCCGGAGCUGGUGGCUCAGAAGUGGGGCCAGCGCAAGAACAAGCCCACCAUGAACUACGAGAAGCUCAGCCGAGCCCUCAGAUAUUACUACGACGGGGACAUGAUCAGCAAGGUGCAGGGGAAGCGCUUCGUCUACAAGUUUGUGUGUGACCUGAGGACUCUGAUUGGCUACAGCGCCGCUGAGCUCAACACCCUGGUGUCGGAGUGCGAGCAGAAGAAACUGGCUCGCAUGCAGAUGCACGGCAUCGGGCAGCCCAUCACCACAGUGACCCUGGCCACCACCACGCUAGACAAGGACAGCUGAGGGGGGUCCGCGGCACAGCCCCCUCCCCCCCCCCCGCCCCCCCGCCCCCCCUCAGGCUCCGCUGCCCUCCUCCAUCGCUGAUUGGAAACACAAAGCCAAUCCCCGUCGGUGUGGAUGAACAACUUUAUCCUCCUCACAGUUCAGUUGAUGGAAAUCAGGCUGAGGCAGACAAGUUUGUUUUUUUUUUGUUUUU